GACCAUUCCUCUCGCGUUACCUAACAGUCCCGGUCUUUAGCUGCGUCUCCGCUUCUGUUUCUGACCGGUCGGCUGCGUACAUAAAAUUACGCAUUCUUGGCGACGUUCUCGGCCAGCGCACAUCCCGAUUCCCCUGCUUCUAUCAUGGCGCCUACUGUCGGACGUGACCACGAGAUGGCCUCCACCUCGCUUAAAGACAAUCCCAAGCAUCGCCGGUCCUUAAAUAAUUCCAACAAGGCAUCCACCGAGCACGUCGAAAACUCUGACGCUAUGAUUGAGGAUGGUGCCUCCACGACCGACAGUGAUGGCACCACGAUACAUUACACCAAGUAUCCAAACAGAUGGUCCAGAGUCAGGGAGGUUCUCCGAGAGCCUGCAGCAGAAUUCUUUGGCACAAUGAUCCUCAUUAUCUUCGGCAAUGGUGUCGACUGUCAAACGGUACUGUCUACGAGCACCAAAGUCUCGGCGUCCCCGAAAGGAGACUACCUGUCUUUGAACUUCGGAUGGGCAGUCGGCACCGCGUUGGGCGUCUGGGUCUCCGGCGGCGUUUCCGGAGGGCACAUCAACCCCGCCGUUACCCUCGCGCUCGCGACCUUCCGCGAUUUUCCCUGGAGGAAGGUGCCAAUCUACAUGUUUGCGCAGCUCAUGGGUGCGCUGUGCGGUGCUGGUAUCAUCUACGCCAACUACAUCCACGCCAUCGACCUCUUCGAGGGUGGUCGGCACAUCCGGACCGUUCCAGGGACGGCGAGUCUAUUUUCGACGUAUGCGGCUGAUUACAUGACGCCCGUUUCUUGCUGGUUCGAUGAGUUCAUUGGAACGGCAUUCCUGUUGAUCGUUGUUUGUGCCAUCACCGACCGCAAGAACGGCCCUCCGCCGCCCGGCCUGGUUCCACUUGUUCUGUUCAUUACUAUUCUCGGUAUCGGUGCUGCUUUGGGGAUGCAGACGGGCUACGCAAUCAAUCCCGCGCGUGAUUUUGGCCCGAGACUUCUUACCGCGAUGGUUGGCUACGGCAGAGAAGUAUUCAAUUUCCGACACCAAUACUGGCUGUGGUGUCCAAUUAUUGGCCCCUUCGUUGGCGCGUUGGUUGGUACCUUCAUCUACGACGCGUUCCUCUUCACGGGUGCGGAGAGCCUGCUCAAUCGGCCAGAUGCGAGAGCACGUGCUCACCACGAAAGGGCCAUGUCCGCGGAACGUCAAAAGCCCAUCGCCGGCGUCGAGAUCGUAUAAUCGCUCUUUGCGCCUGCGGUAUUAAACUGUCUGUCCCCACGUAUCUGCCACCGCCUUCCUGUCUUUGCUCUUUGGGUGUUUAGUCUACUCUCAGGUAAUGUGUUAUACUCUGGCACUGAGAUUUCGUAGUGGCUACUACUGUACUAUUACCUUUUACGACGCGGACCGUGCGGUCGCUUGCUCACGAUGUACUGCAACGGAUGUGUUACACGACGCUUUUAAUGCAUCUGAAUGUCUGUUUU